AUGGUUGUCUUCAGCAAAGUUGCAGCAGCGGCCUUCGGCUUGUCUGCCGUAGCAUCUGCGAUGCCCGCGGCUCCUCCUCGCCAGGGCUUCACGAUCAACCAACUCACGAGGGCGAUUCCCAAACGCACCAUCAACCUUCCAGCGAUUUACGCCAAUGCAUUGUCCAAAUAUGGCGGCAAUGUCCCUCCACACAUCCAGGAUGCUAUGGCUCAUGGUAGUGCUGUGACCACCCCGGAACAGUACGACGUUGAAUACUUGACUCCAGUCGCUGUUGGUGGCACAACAAUGAACCUAGACUUUGACACUGGAUCCGCGGACCUAUGGGUGUUUUCCAACGAGCUUCCGUCUUCCCAGACUACAGGCCACAGCGUCUACAAACCAUCCGAUAAUGGAACCAGAAUGUCCGGAUACAGCUGGGAAAUCUCAUAUGGCGACGGCAGCAGUGCCGGUGGUGAUGUUUACAGAGACACCGUCACCGUUGGUGGCGUCACUGCGCCAGGGCAGGCAGUCGAGGCCGCUUCACACAUUAGUGAACAGUUCACCCGGGAUCAAAACAACGAUGGCUUGCUCGGUUUAGCAUUCAGCUCCAUUAACACUGUUCAACCGAAAUCCCAGACCACCUUCUUCGACAGCGUAAAGUCUCAGCUUGAAUCUCCUCUGUUUGCUGUAACACUUAAGCACCAGGCUCCUGGUUCCUACGAUUUCGGCUACAUCGACCAAUCAAAAUACACUGGCGAGCUUACCUAUACAGAUGUGGACAAUUCUCAGGGCUUCUGGAUGUUUUCCGCAACUGCAGGGGAGACUGACUUUGACGCCAUCGCGGAUACCGGCACAACCCUCAUUAUGAUCGACCAGUCUAUCGCAGAGGACUAUUACUCUCAGGUUCCACUCGCCUUCAACAACUUCUUCUACGGUGGUUGGACCUUCCCUUGCUCCGCCGAACUCCCGUCCUUCACUGUCACCAUCAACGGCUACGACGCCGUUGUCCCAGGCGAGCACAUCAAGUACGCCCCCGUUACCGAUGGCUCCUCUACCUGCUUCGGAGGUAUCCAGGAUAACCAGGGCCUCCCGUUCUCAAUUCUUGGCGACGUCUUCUUGAAAAGCCAGUACGUUGUUUUCGACUCGGAGGGCCCUCAGUUGGGCUUCGCGCCCCAGGCUUAG